GCGCAGUCGACGGUUACCUUGAGGCGAGUGCAGGAGAAGAGAUGGACGCCCAUGGAUGCGGCAGUUUUCUUGACGAAGAGGAGAUGGAGGCUGUGGCGACGGCCGUCACCGCCGUCGUGUUGAACAACAUGAACCAUAUGUCAUCAUCAUCACGGGGCAUGCGUUUGCAGCUUCGUAAAAGGAGACUGCUUUUGCAGAGGGUCAUGGAAGCGCCGGAUUGCGUUGCCACUUGCCAAGCAGUCUUUCAGAUGUGUUCCGCCCUGUCGUGUGGCGUGUUUCCGCGGGCGACGCCCAGGUGGUGGAUUAAACGUCGGACAGGUGGCACGUGGGAGGAUUUGAGACAGUCUGAUGACGCCACUGCGGACUACUACCGGGACAAGUUGCGCAUGUCUAGAGCGUUGUUCAACCAGAUAGUUGCCGCUUGUGCAGCGCACGUUGAAAAGAAGGUGACGCACUACAGGACGCCUAUUCCUCCUGAACAGGUGAUUGCUUUUGCGUUGUAUAGAUGGGCGUCUGGCGAAACGUACGAGAGCGGAACGUCGGCCUUCGGUAUCGGGAGGGCGAUUGGGCUGCAAGUCGUCCGUGAUGUGACCUCUGCGCUGCUCAAGGCGUAUUCGGACGCCAUCAAGUGGCCUGUUGGGCGGAGACGUGCGCAGAUCCUCCGCGGUUUCCGGGAGAAGGGGUUCCCGAACUGCUUCGGCGCCAUAGACUGCACGCAUAUCUUUAUUGACAAGCCGUCCAACGCACCAUCCGAGAACUACUACGACAAGAAGCAGAAGUUCUCUGUCCAGGCGCAGGUCGUCGUCGUUCUUGACCUGCGUGUCAUUGACGUGCACGUCGGAUAUCCGGGGAGCGUCCACAAUGUGCGCGUUCUAUACAAUUCGCAACUAUGGAGGCGUGUGGAACAAGGUGAGCUUUUUGAUGCGCCCUCGGAGAAUCUUCCACAUGGCGUCGUGACACGCGGUUACCUGUUGGGUGACAACGGCUAUCCGGUUGCUUGCCCUUGGAUUGUGCAACCGUACGGAGGAAUAAACCAGGGGCCCGACGAGGAGCGUUUUGACACGUGGCAGAAGGUGGCGCGGGGAUGUAUGGAGAGAGCCUUCGGUCGAUUGAAGUGCAUGUGGCGCCUUUUUCUGCGGACACACAAGACGAACCUGAAUACGUUGCCGCAGCAAUUCGUCGCCGUCUGCACGCUCCACAACAUCCUUCUGGACGCGGGGAUUGAAUUCGACGACAACCUGUUGUGGGAGGUGGAUGAGGACGGUGUUCGGCGCAGAGUGGAUUUGACCAUUGUCGACAAUGGCGCGGGCGGGCGGCGGGAAUGCACGAACGUGGAAGGCGACUUGCUCAGGGAUGCACUUCGAGACCGACGGCUUUGAUGUAGGAUGUCAUCGCUUCCUUUGGAGAAGGGUGGAACGAGCGUUGCUGUGCUUGGUGGAAGGCCAUUUUCGGCAGGUGCUUUGAACGAG